GUUGGGGCUGUUGUGGACUGGAGUGGGACGGGUAGUGGGACGAAGGGGGCAGAUCUCUGGGCUUCGGCAGGAAGUCAGUGGCAGGCAGAGGCCAUGGUCAUGCGGGCCUGUGUGCCUGGCUCGAGUGCGCCGAAGGCAGCCCCGACUGUGGGCUGCUCUGGCCCUGCUCGAGGGUCAGGCGAUUGAAGUGCAGAGCGGCCGGUGCUGUCAGCGAUGUGGGUGAUAAAACGUAAGUCUGGACGAGUGACUUGUGAUGGUGUAAUGCGGCCCAUGUGUGAGGGGUCCGGUGUUGGCGUCAUAUUCUCACUUGAGGAACCUCCGCUUCCGGCAGAUCAAAGUGGUCUGCGUUAGCUCGAGACAGGCCAUGUCCGCUUUAAAUCUCAGAAUCCCAGGAUGGGAAGCGACGACCAAGUCGGAGGGCUUCUAAACACGUUCUGAGUUUGUUUGUUCGUUUUUAUUGUGAAGAGUCUCGUCAUGUAGUCCAGGCCGGCCUCGAACUCCUGAAUGCUGGGACUACAGGCGUGCGCCACCGGGCUGGCAUCGAAAGAGGGAUUUUUGAGCCACAUGUAUUUUGGUCAUUUUAAAAAUUUACGCGUGUACUAUUGUGUUUUUUGGAUAUCAGUUUUGUUUGCGCCGCACUGGGGAUCAGCUCAGGCCUUGCCCAUGUUAGGCAAGUGUUGUACCACUGAGCUACAUCCCCAUUUACUUAUUUAUUUUUUGUAGUACUGGGUAUGGAAUCCAAGGCCUUUGCACUGAGCUACCUCUCCAGCCAUUUUAAAUUUUGAAACAGUCUCAGUCGCCCAAAGAGGGCUCAAAGUUAAUCUUACUGCCUCAGCGUCCCAGGGUGCCGGGAUUACAGGCAUGCACCAUCAUGUCCUGUCCCUUCAAGAGAUCUAGCUGACUUGCCCAAGGUGUGGAUUUCACUUUAGACCAGUUUAUAUGUAAUGACACUUAGGGCUUUACACUUAAGAGAGCAAAACACUAUGAAGUUAACAUUUAACAAAUCUGAGAUUUUAGUGAGCUUUACAUAUUCCUGUAUUUGAAGUAUUUUGUAAGUUUGUCAUUCUAGGGUUUGUAAUGACUUGUUUUCAGGUACACUUAAGGAAUAGAAACAUCAUGAGAGUUGAAAUAAUGAAAGUAAUUUUUAUUUUUUAAAUUUUGGAGUAGUGGGGAUUGAACCCAGGGCUUUUACACUGAGUUGUUUCCAGCCCUUAUUAAAAAUUUUGAGAGAGUCUGGCUAAGUCACUAAUUUACCCUGGCUGGGCUAGAACUUUUUUUUGAUCCUUUUGCCUCAGACUCCCAGAAUGCUGGGAUAACAGAUGUCACCACUGGACCUGGCUAAUAGUCACCUUUAACCUAAAAUUUUUGUUGUCUUCUUGCCUGCUGUAUACUCUACCAAGAAGAUGGAGACAAAAGUAGUGUCAGUAUGCAUGCCAAAAUUCUGAACUACUAAGUUUCCACCAAUAAUGACAGGUAAUAUGACAAAGAGAUGCAGUUACAUGAAACCCCGGAAGGAACACUGAAGGAGGCAGUAAGUCUUAAGUUCAGACCAAGAAUUGGAUGGAGAUGCAGUCUGAAAGAUUAUUUUUCUGACAGGCAGUUUGCCUUCUGGUUUUCUUGGCACAAGUUUUUCCUAUGAGUCCCUCUUUGAUUUUGGGAAAUGCCUGUUUUGGCUAGUAAUAGUGGCCAAUAAACUAUUUUGUACUCAAACUUUUAUUGUUGAAAUUAAGUACUUUUCAAGGAUCUUGCUACAUUGGGUAGGUUUUGAGAGCCAAAAUUAGAAAUGUGUGAAUGCAAAUUCUAGAGGUUUAAAGAAAUUUUGAUUUGAUUUUUAAGAUCCCUAGAUCUUAAAAGCCUAGUAAAUGAUUUUGCCGUGGCAUGGUCCAAGAACUUUUUAGUAGAUACUGGCUGUAUAUGUAUGUUUGCAUUUGUUCAUGGAAGCUAUAUUACCUAUACUGAGUUUUGUAAUUUCAGAAACUUAAGUGAUGGAUAAAUCAGGCAUGGAUGCUGUUAAUUAUACAACAUCUGAUACAGCUGUGGAAAUUGAAAACCAAAGUGAUAGCUCUUCAUCUGGUAGCAGCUUAUUUAAAACACAGUGUGUACCUUCCUUACCUAAACGGACUCAAAGAAACCCCAGUAGGAAAUUUGUUCAUAUACCUGAAAGUGUGCAAACAGAUUCAUCAAGUGACUCAUCUAUAGAGCCAAGACCAUUGACUUUAAAAGCUAUUUUUGAAAGAUUCAAGAAAAAGAAGAAACGUAAAAAGAGAAAAUACAAGCCAAAAUUAACACCAAGGGGAAGACCAAAAGGAAGGAGAAACACUAGAAGGUCACAAAUAGAUAAAAAACAAAUUAAAGACAAAGGACCUACAUUUCCAUUUUUACAUUCUGAAGAUGGAAGGAAACCAUUACCUUGGAGGAAAAUUUUAAGUUUUGAGCAAGCUGUUGCAAGAGGGUUUUUUAACUACAUUGAAAAACUGAAGUAUGAACACCACCUUAAGGAAUCAUUGAAACAAAUGAAUGUUGGUGAAGAUUUAGAAAAAGAAGGUCUUGAUAGUCGGAGAUACAAAUACUUGGAUGAUGAUGGCUCCAUUUCUCCUAUUGAAGAGUCAGAAGCAGAAGAUGAGACACAUCUUGAACGUGGUGAAUGUGAUAUCAAAUUGGUAGAAGAGAGUUGUUUCAUAAUAAGUUCUGAAUUUCCAAACAAGAUGAAUAUGUAUUUACAACGAGAGAACAAUAAAGAAGCUGCUUUGUCUAUAAAGGGAGUUCCUAAGGCCAGAAAUACUGGACAGAGGACAGAAGGGCCUGAAAAGGAGACAGACAUGUGAAUGUCAGAAGGUAAACAAUAUAUAGAAGGUGAUUUUUUUGAUAGGAAGAACUAAAGAUGAUUAAUGUGGAGAUACCUGUUGAAGAAAUUCUUAUACCAAGAACUAAGGAGAAAAAUAAUAACCUGAACAAGCUUGUAGAAGAAACUAAAAUACAAAAAGAAUUUUGAAUUUUCAAACAUCAGGGAAAAGCUGAGAUACCAGUUCCUGUAUAUAAGUCCUGCUGUUUUUGGUUUUUUUGGGUUUUUUUGGUACCAGGGAUCUAACUUGGGUCCUUGUACUUGUAAGGUUGGUGGCAUAACCACUGAGCUAAAUCCCUGGCCCAAGUCCUGCUGUAUUUAUCAGUUCUUUCCACUUCAGUGAAAAGUUACAAGUGUGAAUGGAACACUGAAAGGAAAUGUUAGUCACUGGAAUCCAACCAGUUUCGUUAAGAUUCUUUGGAACACCCUGCUUUUAAUCCCAACUUUAUUCAGACAAAAAGAGAUUACUGUCAAAUUUUAGUCAUUUCUCUGGGAUGUAGCUCAGCAGCAUGAGGCCCUUGGUUUAAUCCCCAGGAGCUCAAAAAUAACUUUCCCUAAUAUACCUGGUAUAGUUUUACUAUUUCAUCUGUGAUAUUCCUUAGGAUCACUAUUGUAUAGCUUACUGCUAUUUAGUAUGCAUUGCAUUGUACAGUGGCACUUGUGUAUGUUUUUGUCUUAACUUGUGGACUAAGACUUCAUGGACAGGUGCAAAAAAUAAAUCCUCUUUUGCAACCCAGAACUCAUUGUUGAGUAUGAGUUUUGAUACAUAUAAGAAGGAA